CCUGCCCACUAUUAUUUAUUGCUUUAUACGUCCACCCACUUUUGAAACUUUAGUGUGGGCAUAGUGUCUAGUUAAUGAUGCACCUCCUUUUAUAAACUUGAUCACGCGUAAUCAAAUUAUCUCAGUCUCUCUUAGUUUUAAGAGAGAGAGAGAUGAUGGAAGUAGCAGGAGAUUAUUAUAAGGAAAGAGAGAAGGAGGAAGAGGUUGAUGAUGAUGAUGUGGAGAAGAAGGUGAAGCAGUAUCACAGGAGAGCACAAGAGCUCCAGAGGAUUCAUAAAUACAAUAAAGCUAUUAAUUAUUGUCAGUUCUCUCUUAAUCUGAUGAAAGGGAAACCUCUUAAUUCGCUUGUUGGUGAGUUGUACUACACGCUGGCCAACAGCUACCACAGACAAGGGAAAAAACAACUGAAAGGGAUUAAUAGCAAAGAGAAGGAGGGAAAGGAGGAGGAGGGAGAGGAGGAGAAAGCCGGAAUCAAAUCACUGCAUAUAUCAUUGCAUUACUAUAAUAUAUGCAUGCAGUGCUCUAGCAAUGAAGCAAUGAUGUAUUGGAAGUCAGUGGAAGGAUUAGGUAAUGUCCAUCACUUGAUGGGGAACUACAGAGAAGCUAUUGCCUACCAUGGACAAUUUUUAGAUUAUUCAGUGAGGGCUGGAGACGUGGAAGCACAACAAAGAACAAACACAAAUUUAGGACAUGCUUACCUCCUGCUUGGAGAAGCAAAGCUAUCCCAUUAUUAUCACUGGGAGUCACUGGAACUAUCCAUUUAUCUCAAGAACCAUGUGGCGGAAGCACAGUCCUACUACAGUUUGGGUGCACUCCAGCUGCUGGUACAGAAUCACAAAGAAGCUUUGAAGUAUUUCAAGAAACACUUGUAUUUGGCACAAGAACUAAACGACAAAUAUGGUCAGUGUAAAAGCUACUGGUGUAUAGGCAAGGCACUGACAUCAUUGGGACAUUAUAAAAGUGCUCUGCUGUUUGCCAACAAGCAGUUCUUACUAGCUGAAGAGAUAUGUGAUUAUUCGCAAUGCUGUACAGCAAGGAAGAACAUGUCUGACCUGCUGGAUGCAAUAUCUAAAUCCCAGAAGAAAAUACAACAGAGUGAGGUUGGAGCUACAGGACAGAAAAGGAAAGUUCAGAGAAGCCAGAGUAGUCACGCUAGAACUUCAGAGAGAGGUAAUAAUGAAAUGUAAAUAAAUAAAUAUAAAUAUAGGAAGUUGUGGACUUAAGUACGCUAAGAUCACAGUGAACACACAUGUUAUAUAAUAACCUUAUUAUUAUUAUUAUUAUUAUUAU